AUGGGGGUUUGUGCGUACAUUAAAGACUCUAUUGAAAGUAAAAUUCUGUUAGAUCUCCAAGCGGACGAAUACGAAAUACUAUGGCUACUACUUCGUCCAGAAAGGCUGCCCCGUGGAUUCCAUAAUAUAGUUGUAGCGGUUAUUUACCAUCCACCCAAUUCGGAUAAUAAAGCAAUGCUGGAUCAUCUAAAAAACUCGUUAGAACGCGUUGAAACCAUACACACUAAUAGUGCGAUCAUUUUGGCUGGAGACUUCAAUCAACUAGAGUUUAAAUCAACUGCCAGGUGCUUCCAGCUUAAACACAUGGUGACCUUUCCUACAAGAGGUGGAAAUACCCUGGAUCAAGUGUUUACUAACUUACAUAAAUUCUACACUGAUCCUAUUCCUAGCCCUCCAUUUGGCUUAUCCGAUCACAUAACUAUCUUAAUAUUUCCAACAAGGCGACAAAAAACCGGGUGCCAUAAAAGAUUAAUCAAAGUACGGGAUAGAAGACCAAGUAAAGUUGGAAGUCUUGGGAGAUUUCUGUCAAACAUAGCUUGGGAAGACGUGCUAUCAACCGCCCCGACUGUUGAUGAGAAAUUAAAAAUUUUUACCGAUCUUAUCCAUUGUGGAUUAGAUAUCCUGAUGCCGGAACGUUCGAUAAAAGUUCAUGUGUCUGAUCGUCCAUGGAUGACUAACCAACUUAAACAGCUCAUUAUUCAAAGGCAAAAGGCGUUCUCACGAGGAAAGGAUGGUUUAUUCAGGCAUUUAAGGAAUAAAGUAAACCGUGAAAGGAAGCGAUGCCGAAAAAGUUAUUAUCUAUCUAAAGUCCGUGGUCUAAAGGAAAUUAAACCGCACAGAUGGUGGCACGAAAUCAAACUGUUAUGUGGCUCUUCGGAAAAGCAUAACCCAGAUUUUCGAUCAAGCUUGACUAUGAACUUAAAGUGCAACGAUUACGAACUAGCAAAUAAGAUCAAUGAAGCCUUUAUCAGUGUUAUGGCAGACCACGAUCCGCUAACUAAUGACGUAUGUGUCUUGAAGGAAGACGAUGACGAACCAAUACAAGUUACCGAAAUGUUGGUCGCAAAAACUUUACGUGAAUUAAGCGCCACAAAAGCGAAUGGUCCGGACAAGUUACCAAACUGGGUACUGAAGACAUACGCCGAUAUAUUAGCACCUGCCGUUGCUGAUAUUAUCAACUGCUCAUUCCAAACGUGCAAAGUCCCACAAGCAUGGAAGAUGGCUGACGUUCCCCCCAUCCCUAAACAAUCAAAGAUCACGGACUUUAAUAAAGAUCUAAGGCCAAUUUCUCUGACGUCAACCUUAUCAAAAGUGGCAGAAAAAUUCAUCAUUGACAGAGGUCUGAGGCCGACUUUGCUUAGAUCUUUGGAUCCAUCACAAUUUGGUUUUGUACCAGGCUCAUGUACAACGUUUGCUCUUAUCUCAAUGUUACACAAAUGGCUAACUGAAACCGAUGGCACAGGCUCAGCGAUAAGAGUAGCUUUACUCGAUUACAGGAAAGCCUUCGACUUGGUUGAUCAUAAUUUGCUAAUUGCAAAAUUACUCAGUUAUGGUUUAAAACCCACAAUCGUAAAUUGGAUUACGGACUUUCUACGAAAUAGAUUACAGCGAGUAAAGAUAUCAACCGAAGGUGUAUCCGACUUCCUACAAGUUCCAGCGGGCGUCCCACAAGGAACCAGGAUUGGUCCAUGGCUGUUCUUAGCCAUGAUUAACGAUCUACGUAUCAAUGGUUCCCCCACAAAUAGUAUAUGGAAAUUUGCAGACGACACGACCAUUUCUGAAGUCAUCUUAAGGAACAUGGAAAGUAGAUUACAAGAUACAAUAGACCAAGUUGCUCAAAUGGUCCAAUGA